GCCUGUUGGUUGAAGCAGGUUUGUGAGGGACGAAGGAACGAAUCUAAAUCAAUCAUGACCGCUUUACUCGGCGUGGGACUCGUGACGUUUGUCUUAGUGAUAGUUCUCUUAAUACUUAAACAUUUCUUCUGGACUGGGCGGCUGAAAAAUGUCAAGAACAAGCACAUCGUGGUGACCGGCGGUUCGAGCGGCAUUGGGAAACACGUGGCGAUCACCGCCGCCAAACACGGUGCGAACGUGACUAUAAUCGCGAGGAAUGUACAUAAAUUGGAGGUCGCCCGUAAAGAGAUACUGAAUGCCCGCGCGAACAAAGACGAACAAAUGGUGGAGCACCUGUCGUUGGAUAUCGGCGCGAAUUACGAGAACGUCGACAAGGCAUUGGCCGAUCUCGAGAAGACCAUGGGGCCAAUUUACAUGCUCAUAAAUUGCGCCGGUUUCGCGAUCCCCGGAAAAAUCGAGGACCUCGCGGUGAACAGUUUUCACGAGAUGAUCAACGUGAACCUUGUCGGCACGUAUUACUGCAUCAAGGCCGUGGUGCAGCGAAUGAAGGCCGCCGGAGAAGGAGCGAUUGUGAUCACAGCGUCUCAGGCGGCUUUUCUGGGGAUCUACGGCUUGGCGGCUUACACCAGCACCAAGUUCGCGCUUCGUGGUUUAGCGGAGAGCCUGGCGAUGGAACUGCGGCCGUACAACAUCUCCGUCACCCUAAGUUUACCACCGGACACGGACACGCCGGGUUACGCGACGGAGCAGCUGACGAAGCCGCUGGAGACGCAUCUCAUUUCGCAAACGGCGGGAUUAGUCGACCCCGAAGUAGUCGCGGAGAAGUUGUUCAAGGAUGCGCGGGCUGGUAAAUUCUUCUCUACCGUGGGUCAGGAAGGUUUCAUUAUGAUGACGCUGUGCGCCGGGAUGUCGCCGUUCACGUCUAUCAGCGAGCUUCUGCUGCAGGCGUCGCUGAUGGGCCUGAUGCGACUCGUCAGCGCGUUCUACCUCGUCUCCUUCCAGAGGAUCAUCCUCAACUGCAUGAAGACGCGCGACAAAAACAAAAAACUCGAGUGAGCGCGCGCGCGCUCGCAUUACUACCCCUGUGAUUUUUCAUCGCGAACAAAAUUCGACGGGAUGUCGCUAACUAGUUGAAACAUAAUUUUUUCGUAUACUUUUUAUAAUUUAAUACGAUUCCAAUUAACGUUUCUCUUUGUUUCACUUUCUAACACGAUUCAUCAUCGUAACACCCGUGUUUCGCACAACGUUCGUUUCUACUUCACAUUCCCCUUCUCAAUUCUCGAAAUUCUUCGUCGUGCAACAUAAUACAUGUUAAUGUUAUGUAACACGUAACGCAACACCUCGAACAGAGAAUCUCCCAAGGAGAGAGAAUAAAACUCGCUGUGCUCUUAA